UCGGUCCACUUCCGGGUAGCGCUGUUUCAGAAGUACCCUCCGAGGCAGGCYGAAACAUAUAUUUUUCAUUCGUAAAUGUAACGGAGCCGGCCGAACACGAUGAUAAUACUGCUGUUUGUCCUUCUCGCUCCCUGUUGGGUAAACGGCGCGGUUAAAUCAAGAAUUACUACUAAUCACAAACCUAACCCAGAGUUCGAUACUCUGAACUCCAUCCUGUCAGAUUAUGAAGUGCUGCCUCCGUCAGAAUUGCAGCUGCACUCCGUGAGGAAGAGGGACACCGACACCCAGUCCCACCUGGAGCGCCUGGUGAGCUUCAGAGCCCUGCACAGAAAUUUCCAGCUGUACUUGACCACAAACACUGACCUUUUUACCGACAACUUCAAAGCUGUGUUUGUUAAUAAAAACGGAAGUGAGGAGAAAUAUGACGUUCAGCUUCAGAACUACUUCACUGGACACGUCGUUGGCGAGGAGAACUCCCGAGUGCAGGCACACAUGGACGGAGAUGAGUUUUCUGCUCAUAUUCUGACAGAUGAAGCAGAAUAUAAUGUAGAGCCUUUGUGGAGGUUUACAGACUCCCCAGUUGACGGCCGGUUGCUGGUUUAUCGAUCAGAAGACAUCAAGAACCUGAGCAGAAUCGUGUCUCCCAAAGUGUGCGGCUACAUCAGUGCAGAUGUAGAGAACCUCCUGCCUGAGAAUACCAGAAGCAGAUGGGAAAGGCAUAAGGAGGCGGACCUCAGAAACGAAACCCUACACCGAGAGAAAAGACAAGCCCACGACCAUAAGAAGAACACGUGCACCCUGCUGCUGGUCGCAGACUACCGCUUCUACGAACACAUGGGCCGCAAACAAGAGAGCGUCACCCUCAACUACCUGAUCGAGCUGAUUGAUCGAGUCGAUGACAUCUACAGAAACACCUCCUGGAAUGAUGAGUUUAAGGAUUACGGGGUCCAGAUCCAGCAGAUUAUUAUUAAUAAAGACUCGACACAGCCUCCCUCCGGCACCGCUGCCAAGGGCUGGGUCCACUACAACAUGAAGGACAGUCCUGUUGAAGGAAAGGAMGUCUGGGACGUCAAGAAACUUCUGGAGCAAUUCAGCUCAGACAUCGCCGACAACGCCUCCACUGUGUGUCUGGCCCACCUCUUCACGUACCAGGAUUUUGAUCAGGGGACUUUAGGUCUGGCCUACGUUGCCCCGUCCAGACCUCACCCACUGGGUGGCCUCUGCUCAGAACCUUACUACCCGUCCCACACCACCAAGAAGCCCAGUUACCUGAACACCGGCCUGACCAGCACCAAGAACUACGGCAAAACCAUCCUCACAAAGGAAGCAGAUCUGGUGACGACUCACGAGUUGGGUCAUAACUUUGGAGCAGAACACGACCCUGAUAACAUCCUCGACUGUGCUCCCAGUGACGACGACGGGGGGAAGUAUGUCAUGUACCCCAUAGCUGUGAGCGGAGACCACGUCAACAACAAGCACUUCUCUAAGUGCAGCAGGACCUCCGUCAGCAAAACAUUGAGCAUCAAGGCUCCUAUCUGCUUCAAGGAGAGGAACAGUAAAGUCUGUGGAAACUCCAGAGUGGAGGCCGGGGAGGAAUGCGACCCCGGGUUGCUCCAGCUCAACAACGACGCCUGCUGCUCCGCAGACUGCAAGUUCAAAAGUGGCGCCAAGUGCAGUGACAGAAACAGCCCCUGCUGUAAGAACUGCCAGUAUGAGAAGGCAACAAAGAAAUGCCAGGAGCCCAUUAGUGCCACCUGUAAAGGCCAGUCCUUCUGCACAGGAAACAGCAGUCAGUGUCCACCUCCGGAAAAUGCUGCCGACGGAACAAUUUGUGUUGACAACGGCCGCUGUAAGGGCGGAGAGUGUAACCCCUUCUGCGAGGCCAUGCAGAACUUAAAGUCGUGCGCUUGCAAUGAGACGAACGACUCCUGCAAGGUUUGCUGCAGGGGAAAAGACGGCACCUGCUCCCCCUUCAUUCAGUCCAACGGCAGCUUCCUUUACCUUCGCAAAGGCAAACCCUGCACAGUGGGAUUCUGUGACGGAAACGGUAAAUGCAUGAAGCAGGUACAGGAUGUCAUCGAGAGGUUGUGGGAUUUUAUCGACAAGCUGGACAUUAACACAUUCAGGAAGUUCUUAGCUGACAACAUUGUCGGCUCCGUCAUGGUGUUUUCCCUCAUCAUCUGGGUUCCUCUCAGCAUCCUGGUUCACUGUGUGGACAAACGUCUCGACCGGCAGUACGAAGAGAACGCCAAGUGCUUGUACUACCCUCAGAGUAGUCAAGACAAGCUGAACAGCCUCGAGUCGACGCCCGUGCGCAUCGUCAAGCUUCCUCUCUCCUCCUCCUGCGCCGGCCGGACCGCGCCCUCCCCCCAGUCUCCGCCGCAGCCGAGCCAGGCCCGGGCCCCGCCUCCCGCAGCCAGCAGUGCCCAYGACCCCGGCUCGAGCUACGCCGCCAGCCCGGACACCGCCGCAGCGCCGCGGAUGGACACCAUCCCGGAGGACACCAGCAGCGACUCUCAUCCGGUCGAGGACGAUUUCACAACCGCAGGAGCCUCCUCGUCGGCUACGAAAUCCUCCUACGGGGAUCUGACAGAACUGAACCCGUCGGCCAGGGACCGGCGGCGCCUCCAGAGGCAGGACCGCAUUGACACUAAAGAGACGGAGUGCUGAGAGGAGACAGGUCCUGCUGGCCUAAAUAUGACUUUAAGUUUCACACCACAGACACUUCGUAGGUCAGAUUUCAGUCACAUCACUACUGUAAGUUCACGUCUUUGUGCCUUUUUUUUAAAGAUUUUUUUAGCUGUAGGUCGAUGAAUUCACAAAAAGAGUAAGAUGACUUUGAUUAUUUAUUCAAACUCUUUGACUAAAUGUGUUUCUGAGAAGUGCUUUUUAGGAGUAAAAGAUUCUAAAUACAAUAAUCUGUACAUAUACAAACUGCAUCACUCUGCAGUAAAACAAAGUGUUGCUUCCUUUAUACAGCUAAGUUACGUUUCAGUGGAACAAUUAAGAGUUUGUCUCGAAUCUCUUCUAAAAGCACUUUAAAAAAAACAUCACUGGAGUUUUAGUUUUUGUACUUUAAGUGUUGAAACAUGAGGAUUUGAUGUGUUUGUCAUGGAAAUAUCAAGGACUAGUUUUCUUUUUUUUAAACUUGACUAUGAAAUUAUAAGUUGUGUGAACUUGAGCACUCCGGAACACAAUUGUGGAAAAGUUGGCGCCUCUUCCUGCACAAAACAAAACAAAAAGGUGCCUUUUGUGGUGUUUUUUGCUCGUUCCCGUGUGCAGACGCUGUCACGACGUUCUGAAUUAGACUCAGAUUAUUUGUAGUGCCAACGUGAGCUCCACAUUGUUUUUUGACGUUGUCUCACCACUGUUACCUGCUGCGCCUCAAUAACACUGUAAAACAUGUUUUCUUUUCUUGUAGGUUAAAGAAGCAGAUAAGUGUUAACUUUUAUACCAGACUAGAUGUAUAUUAUUCUAAUAGUUGUAGUUUUUUAAUGUUCUUCGCUUGCAUUAAUAACCAAUAAAACAUAUCUUUAUUGAACAUUUAAA